CAAACUUCCAAGUAGUUAUAUAUAUCUUAUGUUAUAUGGACCCGCCCAAUAAAACUUAUAAGUUAGUUCCAUUUUUUUCAGCUUAAUAAUUAACUCUAUGAUCAACAUGGCAAAGGUGCUCCUGUCAUGUCUUCUUCUCUUUGCUUUUGUGGUGGUGUCAUGCUCAGCCACCACCUACACUGUUGGAGAUACCUCUGGCUGGGACAUUAGCACUAAUCUUGAAACUUGGGUUGCUGAUAAGAAUUUCAAAGUUGGUGAUGCUCUUGUUUUUCAGUAUUCAUCAUCCAAUAGUGUAGACGAAGUUACAAAAAAGAACUAUGAUACAUGUGACACAACCGAUGUGUUGGCGAGUUAUGGAAAUGGAAACACUUCGGUGCCAUUGACACGAGCUGGGGAUAGAUACUUUGUGAGCGGAAACAGGUUGUAUUGCCUUGGAGGGAUGAAGCUCCAUGUUCAUUGUUCAUUUUCACCGGCUAUGGCACCUAAUGCUGUGGCCGGAUCUGACCAAAACCCUGCAACUACAUUUCAACAGUCUCCUUCAUCAAAGAAGAACACACCUGUUUCAAAUGGAGUUGUGAAUUUCCCACCAAAUAUUCUCAGUUUGGUUUACGUUGCUUUAGUGGCUGCUACUUUGGGAUGAUACAAAUUUAGAGAAAAGUUCACGUUAAUUUGACAAAAAAAAAUGUAAUUUUGUUAUGUUUUGUUGGAAGAGUCAUCCACAACAUACUUUAUACAUGAUUGUUGUUGAACACAAUUGAAUGAUAGACACUUUGAUGUUUUUAUGCAUAACAAAGUUGGCAACUUGGCAUGUUAGUUUACCUCAUGAAACUGUUUUGUAGAACAUUUGAAUCAUAUGCUUUGCCUUGGAGGCAGAGGGGCUUUUACUUUA